AAACAAUUCGACAGACGACAAGCCGUUGAAGGGGGAAACCGAGCUGUCAAUGCAUUAAGGUUAUACAGGAGACAUGAGCGGCACAAUUCAGCAGAUAUCUCUGAAUCCAGGCACCCCCUACUUCCUGAGAGUUGACUGGGCUGUGGAUCUUGGUGCGGGCUUCACACUAGCUCUCACUGAUGGAAGCUCGGCAUGGAUUGGAGAGGUUUCAGAGGAUGAGGUGACAAGAGAAGCCAAUGAUUUGGGUGUCAUAAGAGAGAAAUAUGUUGAGCAUCUUCUUCAAGCUCUGACAAAAAGCGGAGAAAGAGAAGAAGGAAGAAAAGGCAAAGUGGAGUAUUCUUUUAACCUGAGCCCAGAUCACAGUCUGCUCUCAUAUCAGAAGAUCUGUAAAAACGUUUCGGUACACCUGGGCUCCGUGGAGCUCCAACCAGCUCCAGAUCCUUCAGAGUUAAUCCGGGAGAUGAUCGGAAAGUCUCUGCAGCACAGCACAGAUUUGGAGAGGGAAAACUCAAAUCUGUUGGAGGCAAACCAUAGACUUAGACAGGAACACCAACAAAUACUGAAAGAGCUGGAGGAGGGGGUUAAGGAUAAGGAGAUGUUAGAAAAGGAAAUGUAUUCACGUUUUGUCAUGGUGCUGAAUGAGAAGAAAGCUAAGAUCCGAGGCCUGCAGGAUACCGUCCGGCAGCUCAGCCACAUUGACGACCAGAAAAGACUGGAAGCCGUUAGUGACAGCGAACCAGCUCAAAGUGAAGAUUACAGUCAUCCAUCGCAGGAUUCAACAGUCCUCCUCACAGGUUGCAGUUUAGUGUCACAAGGGAUCCCUGUUGAUCAAAGUUUUUCAAAUGAUGAAGACAAAGGGCCUCAAGAGGAUGCCUUAUACCCCUAGCAAAGUAUCCUCUGAGGAGCAACAAUAAUCCUGGGUGGAUCUUAGGAACUUCAUAUCCUUUGCAACGUCUUCUGGAGCUGUUUAUAUGGUCACCAUCGAAAUGGAACAGGACCUGAAAUCUAGAAAUGGAUUGGGAAAUUAGGUUUACAUGCUGCAUUCUGCUAAGUGAUGCUGUGUAUAACUUUAGCCUCUCUGCUACAUAGAAAUUAGAAUGUUGUUCAGCAAGCAAGGCCCUUUGUAAAGAACCAAGUCUUCUUUGUCAGUGUUUUUUGGCAUGCUUUGUUUUCUAAGAAUAAAUAAAUGCAAUCUUUUCCAUUUACAAACUGUGAACUAGAGUUCUGCCAAAGAUUAUUUAACCCCUACCUUUUCUGUGUCUUUGUGCACUUAUUUUCUGGAAGUAUGACACUAAAGCAACUAACAUGGGUGUCUCCAAGGGGGUUAACAAGGAUAUGUUGUUUCUUUACUGUCUUAAUUUCCACACCUUGUCUUUUAAGUCAGCUACCAGCUUAAGAUCUUGAUGUCCCUGGUGUUCGCACAGUAAGACCAAUGCAUCAACCUUCAGGGUCUUUAUCUCAUCAUGCCUCUGGCUUUUAGACCCUCUUGCAGUCCUUUGUCAUUUUGAUGAUACGUUUUUGUCUGCUUAAAUCCACGGGUGGCCACCUGAUUAAGCCUCCUGUAACAUGUUCUUGUUGGUCUAGUAAUCCCCACAAGAAUGUCCCACUCUCUCCUUUACACUCCUCUUGAAUUGGGUAUUUUACAAAGGAAAGUAGAGGGGAAUGAUAGAGGUUGGGGUGAUGAGACAAAAUGACAAUUUGGAGACACCUCUAAAUAGUUCAAUGGUGCCAUUUUAACAUUUAAACAUAAGUUCAGUCUUUUAACAUUAGACAUAACUUUUGUGGGGUUCAGUUUGUCUGUAGAAAUGAAAUAGGCCAGAAGCGCCUGUAUUCUUGAAGGAGCUGUUGGGGUCACAUGAGGGUUCCUUCUGGCCAUAAAGCUAAAAAGAAAGAAAGCUUUUUUUUUUUAUUCUACUUCUGUUUAGUUUUUAUUAAAAAAAUCUAUAACUACAAAACAAAUCUCUGUAAAAGCAGAGGUUUGCUAGUCAGUAGCCUAGAUGUGUGCUAUCACAAUAACUAGAAAGAAAGAUAUCUGCAAAGACCCUACAGAAGCAACCGCUUCUGCCCAACAAUAUUAAACAGGUUAUAAGGCCACUCUAAAACCUUAUUCAAUCUAUCAAAUGAGAAAUAGUGAAAAAUCUUAUUAAGAAAUUGACAAAUUAAAAAUAUUUUUUAAUCUCUCUGGUAGACUGGUUGUCCAAGGAAAGUAUUUCCAAUGUCAGACCAUGUGAUGCUCCACUACUUCCUGAACUUCAGCGAACUCCUUUGUUUCUUGUCUUUCAUUACUGGAAAAACUGAUUAAUCCAGGCAUGUGUGACCUCAGUAACCAUGACGAGAGUGACCAGACAGACCUGGAAUAAUCUGUCUAUCCAGUAGGAAAUAAAGGAGCUGGCUGAAGUUUAGGAGGUAGUGGAGUUGGACAUAUAGACAACUAGCAGUUAAACUUUUAAAUUAAUAAUUAGAGAAACAAUUAAAAUAAUUAUGGGAGUUUCCUGGAGAUAAAAUCUUUACUCUAAAAAGAUUAUGGCAGUAUGACAUACUAGGUUUUUAAAGCUGCAUGCAAAUUAAUCAGUGGACAGCAUAAACAAGGUUUGCACUAAUGAGACCAAUGUAGAGACAUUAGACAUUAGAAGACAUACAGUAAUGCACUGCAUCGUGUUUGGCAAAAACAAAAAAAGGCAUUUG